CCUUCGAAACAUCAACAAAAAUUACUAAACAAUUUUCUCGGCAUCCAAACGCUCGCUUCAGCUCUAGAAUGGCAAUGAUUCCAGACUUCUUCGGCAAUCGACGCAACAGCUCUUUCGACCCAUUUUCGAUGGAUUUAUGGGAUCCAUUCAAGGAAUUCGAUUCCCCGACGCUUAUAUCAUUACCUCUACUUUCCGGAGAAAUUUCCGGUUUCGUCAACACCCGUGUGGACUGGAAGGAGACUUCGAACGCACACGUGUUCAAGGCGGACCUUCCAGGGAUGAAGAAAGAGGAAGUGAAGGUGGAGAUCGAAGACGAUCGGGUGCUUCAAAUCAGCGGGGAGAGGCGCGUGGAGAAGGAGGAGAAGAAGGACAUGUGGCAUCGAGUGGAGAGGAGUAGCGGGAAGUUCUCGAGGAGGUUUAGGUUGCCGGAGAAUGUGAAGAUGGAUGAUGUGAAGGCUUCGAUGGAGAAUGGGGUUCUUACUGUUACUGUCCCUAAGGUUGAGGUAAAAAAAGCUGAGAUCAAAUCUGUUGAAAUUUCUGGUUAAAAUUGGGACAUUGUCGCAUGUUCAUGUAGAGAUGUUUGAUCUGUUUGCUGCGUGCGUGUUGAUUGCUUUCUCUGUUUUUGUUCUGUUCGAAGGUUGAGUAUUGUAGGGUUGAAUACUGUAUAAAAUUUUACCUGAAUGUUGAUGAUAUGAUUCGA